UCCACGUGUAUAACGUGUAUUGUCAUCAAUUUCAUUAAUUUGAUAGAUUUGAUUGUAGUCACAUAGGCGACAACAAAGAAAGACAGCAUGGCGGAGGCACACGAAGUCGAUAAAAGGAAACGAAAGAAGAAACGUUCUCACACACAAAUGGUAAAGAAACUUGCGCGUCAGAAAGACUUUGGCAACAAUCUGGACCGUGACACCUAUCACUACCUAAUUCGUAUUCUUGAGUUAAUACGUAAUGAUUCGUCCUUGCCCGAGAAGAUUAUGCUUGCGCAAAAUGUCUACCAGGAGAUAUCUGGUCGUGAGAUUGAAUGUGCAUGUAAUCAAGUUGGAUCUCGCGUCAUAGAUUCUCUACUGAAGUAUGCCAACCUAGAGGCCAUUCAAAAACUAACUCAGGCAUUCGAGUCCCCUCUGAGACGAUUAAGCACCGACAAAUUUGCCAGUCAUAUUUUACAGAAGAUAAUAAUAGUCUGUGCUGACAGAGGCAACAGAGACCCUGAGUCAAACGCAGAGAAUGUCACUGACGAAAAAACAAGCACAAAAUCAAAAAACACUGUUGAUACUAUCAUAGAUAUUAAGCCAUCUGAAAUACAGUCCUACAACAAUAUUGUUCUAAAACUGAGCAAAUAUGUUCUCAACAAUAGUGAGGAAUUCGUAUUUGACACUUAUGCUAAUCACGUCUUGCGAACAGUUAUAGAAUGUUUAGCAGGAUUAAUUGAGGAUCCUAACGAAUGUAAUAAGAAAUCUAGCAUGCCGGAUCUCACAAAAAGACGUCCUGUGAUACAGGAAUAUAAAGACUUGCUGAUACAGAGUUGCGACCGAUUGCAGAAAUGGCCGCAAUUCUGUGAGUUUGGACGGGAGCAAUUAACUUCUGGUUUAAUACAAUGCAUUUUGUACUCUUUGAAAGAUGUUGAUCCAAAUUUAACGAAAACUAUUAUCAAGAAGAUUAGAACCAAAUGUUUUAAAGUAGAAGAAGAUGAGAAGCUACCGAGCAUAUUUCAUUCCGAAUAUUCUAUUAGAAUACUGGAAGCUUGUCUGAUAGUAGCACAGCCGAAAACCUUUAAAAAAUUAUAUAAUAUCUUUUUUAUUGAAAAUUUAGAAUACUUAUGUUCAACACAAAAUACUAAUUUCAGCGUGCAAAAGUUAUUAGAUUAUUGUGUUACUAAAGAAAUCUUUGAAGAACUAUUUGACAAAGUAAUAGAACACUUUCCCAAAAUUCUCAAGCUUGGUUUUACCGGGAUAUUAGUCAGCACAGGAAAUGCAUGUUUGAGAUUGCAGACGAAACAAGGUCCAUUUGUUAAUGCAAUGAUCAAUCUACUAAAAUGCGAUGCAUCCUCAGAAAAUCAAACUCUGCUUGUACGAUGUAUAAUAACUUUAAAGAAACCAUCUCAACUGGAAGCUGAAUCAAGUAACCCACAACUAUCUCUCCAUUUACAUGGAAGUUUGAUAAUGCAAGUUAUAUUAAAGUUCAACAAACCCAUCAAAGCUGUGAAUUCUUUACUAGAAAUGAAUAACGAAGAAUUACUACAAUUAUUUGGCGAUCCGAAAGGAAGUCGAAUCCUGGAUGCUUUCAUGGACAGCAAGUACGUCGGCGAGAAGAGUAGGGAGAAAUUAUGUAAGAAGUUGCACGGCACUUGGGCAGAAUUAGCCAAAAGUACGCACGGAUCUAGGUGCGUGGAUAAAAUAUGGGCGUGGGCACGCAUGAAUCAAAAAGUCUUUAUUAUGGAGGAGUUGGCCGCGGCUGGACAAUCCUUAAUUUCCACGACAUCAGGCAAGAUUAUUUCUAUGAAACUAAACGUCCCCUUGUUCACGAGAGAUAAGAAGGAGUGGUCACAAUUGCAAGGGAAAAAUGAAAAGACGAAAGCAAUGUUUGCAGAUAUUAUUGAAAAGACCCAUGAGAAAUGAAAAUUCAUUUAU